AUGGAGUCAGCAACCACCAGCUACACAAACUCUUGCAUCAUUAACUCCUCAGUGGAUCAGCAAAUGUAUCCAGCUGUGUAUUCUCUUUUUUUUAUUGUGAGCUUUCCAGGCAACUGCCUGUCUCUGUAUGUAGCCUGGAUGCUGAUGAAGAAAGGGAACAACAUUGCAGUCUACCUUGUCAAUUUGUCCAUAUCUGAUCUACUGUACACAGUCACUCUGCCUAUUUGGAUUGUACAGGCCUGUGGGACACAUAUAGGUGAUGGUCUUUGCAACCUCAUGGCUGUAAUCAUGUACAACAGCUUUUUCGUUGGCUCAGGUCUUCUUUGCUGCAUCUCUGUUGAUCGCUAUCUGGCAGUGGUCUACCCGCUCCACUUUGACUGGAUCAGACAGGUAAAGACAGCAGCACUUGUGAGUAUUGCUGUCUGGAUUUUGGAGAUUGUCAUUCAUAUCAUCUUACUUGACCACAUGGGAGCACUGCAAGCUUCAAAAUACUUGUGUAAUCAGCAAAUACCCAUGACACAAGAAGAUGCCACCGUUGCCCUUACAAGGGUCACCUUGAGUUUCUUGGUCCCUGUCUUCAUCAUGACAUUUUGCUAUCAUCAGAUCAUGCGCUCACUCCUACAGAGCACCUCCAUCCAGGCAGAAGAGCGCAGGAAAGUGGAGCGUCUAUUGUUGCUCCUCCUUUUGGCCUACGUAGUGUCAUUUUUGCCCUACCAGUUGGUCAUGCUGCUCAGGGCUAUCCUGGAACCCGAGGCCUGCGACUGGACUAUGAGGCUUAGAAGUCCAUUCCUGGUAACAGUUGCCACCACAACUCUAAACAGUAUGUUGGAUCCUAUAAUAUACUGUUUAAUCAAUGAGAGUGCUAAAGCAGAGAUUCAGAAGACUACAAUGAAAAUAAAGAGACAUUUUAUGAAAAGGAAGAGCUGUGAGAACUCUGAGUUUCCUAACAAGUGA